AUGUUGUCGCUUGUGACCAGGGCAGCGGGGGUCUGGGUCAGGCUGCGGCGCGCCUGUAGCACUGCUGCUUUGUUAUGCUGUCAGCCGUGCAUGGAAAAAUGCCCUGCGGAUCAUGUUGUGUUCUCCAGACCCUAUAGUUCCCAAAAGAAGGAAAAACUGGAUAUGUCUAUAUUUCCUGUUGAAAAUAUUAGAAAUUUCAGUAUCAUAGCUCAUGUAGACCAUGGCAAAAGCACUCUAGCAGACAGGCUAUUGGAAAUUACAGGAACAAUUGCUAAAACUGACCGAAAUAAACAAGUGCUGGAUAAACUGCAAGUGGAACGGGAAAGAGGGAUCACAGUUAAGGCACAGACUGCAUCUCUCUUUUACAGUUAUGAAGGAAUGAACUACCUCUUAAAUCUCAUUGACACACCAGGUCAUGUAGAUUUUAGCUAUGAAGUAUCACGGUCACUGUCUGCCUGUCAAGGUGUCAUUCUUGUAGUGGAUGCAAAUGAGGGUAUUCAAGCACAAACGAUGGCAAACUUCUAUCUUGCUUUUGAAGCACAACUGGCAAUAAUUCCUGUUAUAAACAAGAUUGACUUGAAGAAUGCAGACCCUGAAAGGGUUGAGAAACAAAUUGAAAAGCUAUUUGAUAUCUCUAAGGAUGAAUGUAUUAGGAUUUCUGCUAAACUAGGAACGAAUGUGGAAAAGGUUCUUCAGGAAGUUAUUGAAACGGUUCCACCACCCAGUGUUAACAUUAGAGACCCACUGAAAGCCUUGGUAUUUGACUCCACCUUCGACCACUACAGGGGUGUCAUAGCUAACAUUGCGCUUUUUGGUGGAGAGGUUCAGAAAGGACAUAAGAUUGUGUCUGCUCACACAAGGAAGACCUAUGAAGUUAACGAAGUAGGAAUUCUGACGCCAAAUGAACAGCCAACUCAUAAAUUAUAUGCUGGACAGGUGGGCUAUCUGAUUGCUGGGAUGAAAGAGGUUACGGAAGCCCAAAUAGGAGACACACUGUAUUUACAUAAGCAGCCAGUGGAGCCUUUGCCUGGCUUUAAAUCAGCGAAACCAAUGGUCUUUGCAGGAAUGUACCCAGUAGACCAGUCGGAAUAUAACAACCUGAAAAGUGCUAUAGAAAAACUGACACUAAAUGAUUCCAGUGUAACUAUUCAUCGGGAUAGCAGCCUUGCCUUAGGAGCUGGAUGGAGGUUGGGGUUUCUUGGUCUUCUACAUCUGGAAGUUUUUAAUCAGCGCUUGGAGCAAGAAUACAAUGCAUCUGUCAUUUUGACUGCACCCACUGUUCCAUAUAAGGCUGUUCUUUCCUCAGCAAAAUUGAUAAAGGAGCACGGAAAAGAGGAGAUUACUGUUAUCAACCCUGCUGAGUUUCCUGAUAAAUCUUCAGUAUCGGAAUAUUUGGAACCAACCGUUUUGGGGACUAUCAUAACACCCGAUGAAUAUAUUGGAAAAAUCAUAACUCUGUGUCAGACUCGCAGGGCUGUUCAGAAGGACAUGAUGUACAUUGAUGAGCACAGGGUUAUGCUGAAAUAUAUCUUCCCACUGAAUGAAAUUGUGGUGGAUUUUUAUGAUGCUCUGAAAUCACUCUCUUCUGGAUAUGCUAGUUUUGAUUAUGAAGAUGCAGGAUACCAGGCAGCAGACCUUGUCAAAAUGGAUAUUCUUUUAAAUGGAAACUCUGUUGAAGAAUUGGGAACUGUUGUACACAAAGACAAAGCAUAUGCUGUUGGCAAAGCCAUGUGUGAACGUUUAAAAGAUGCUAUUCCUAGACAGUUGUUUGAAAUAGCCAUCCAGGCAGCUCUUGGCAGCAAAGUCAUUGCAAGAGAAACAGUGAAAGCUUACAGAAAGAAUGUUCUGGCAAAAUGUUAUGGUGGAGAUAUUACACGGAAAAUGAAGCUUUUGAAGAGGCAAGCAGAAGGAAAGAAAAAGAUGAGGAAAAUUGGCAACGUGGAAGUGCCCAAAGAUGCCUUUAUAAGUGUUCUAAAGAGACAAUCUGAAAAGUAA